GGAUGCCCGGAUUCGAUGCCGCACAGCCAUUGGUGGAAUACUGGAAGGGGCGCGGCGGCGGAGGCGGGGCUGCGCUUCUCGAGCUCGGGUCCCGGCCCAGAUCCGGAUCCGGUUCCUGCUCUGGCUCUGGCUCCGGGUUCUCAGAAAGAGACACCUCUUCCUUCUCCUCCUCCUCCUCCUUCUUCCGGGCUUUCUAGAACAAUGCUGCGGAAAAAACCACGGUUAUCAGAGUCAAAGGCCAGCCAGAGUCAGCCCAAGUUGGAUUCCUUGGGGGAUCACCCACUUGCCUCACCCAGGAGUCCUGCUCCAGAGUAUAGUAUCUAUUUCACUCACCAGAAAAGCAACAGUUCCCGGCUGGGACCUGAGUUUUUUGACCAGCCUGCAAUCGCCCUGGCCCAGGCCUUUCUUGGACAGAUCCUGGUCCGGAGGCUGCCCGAUGGCACCGAACUUCGAGGCCGUGUGGUGGAAACGGAGGCAUACUUGGGAGCUGAGGAUGAGGCAGCACACUCGAGGGGGGGGAGGCAGACACCUCGCAACAAAGGCAUGUUCAUGAAGCCGGGGACCCUGUAUGUGUAUAUCAUCUAUGGAAUGUACUUCUGCAUGAAUGUCUCCAGCCAAGGUGAAGGGGCAUGCAUCCUCCUUCGUUCUCUAGAGCCAGUGGAAGGUUUGGAGAUGAUGCGCCAGCUUCGGAAUGCCCAUCGUAAAGGAGCUGCCAGAGCCCUCAAGGAUCGAGAACUUUGCAACGGCCCCUCUAAGCUAUGUCAAGCCCUGGCCAUUGAUAAGAGCUUUGAUCAGAGGGACCUGGCAGAAGAGGAGUCCAUUUGGCUGGAGCAAGGCCCUGAAAAGCCAGGGGAACACACUGUGGUGACAGCAACCAGGAUUGGUAUCAACUAUGCUGGAGAGUGGGCCCUAAAGCCACUCAGAUUCUACAUCCGGGGUAACCCUUACGUCAGCGUGGUGGAUCGAAAGGUGGAACAGGAGAUGCAGGCCAGUGGCUAGGGCCCAACUAGGGAAGGCGAGCUGGUCUUGCUGCUGCUGCUGGUAAAUUCGGCACUUGCCGGCUAAGCCCCUGUUGUAUCAGGGUCAUGGCUUGGCUAGGCUACAAUUGAGAUUUUUAGGUUUAGAAAAAUAAAUCCUUGAUUCCAUAAAAUAAUGUUAGGUGAGUCAUGGACAUAAUUAGCAUCUCAUUUUUUUUUCGGUGUGUUUUUGGGUAGGAAUGUCAGCAGCCUUCAGGGAGACUGUGGCUCUUGCCACCAUGACCUCUAAGCCUCUCCUUAAUAAUUUUUUUUUAAAUUACAGAUAUGUGUGGCCUUGCACAAAAAGCAGGGCAGAAACCCUGGGCAUCUGAAGAUACUGUCCAAGCCACAACCUGGGCCAUAGUCUUCCUUUUUACUCUAGCCCUAAAUUGUUAUCCUUGUUAGUUGCCAACAUGUCCUGAAAAGCUUGUCAGGGGUCUGCAUUGGGGACCAAAGUGAUUUUUCCUCAGAGAGUCCAAGGCAGACACUGAACUGUUUUCAAUGCUGCUGGCCCAAGGAUAACCUAGUCAGCUAUCCUGCUGAUGCAAGAACCAUCUAAUAACAAGAGGCCCCAGUGUCACUGCCUAGUUAAGCAUUUUACCAUAAUGACCCCGAAAAUGUAUUUAUUCCACAGACAAGAGUCUGGGAGAGGCUCUAACAAAAACGACCUAAUUGGCUGUGAAUCUCAUCAGGGAUGAUUGCCACAGCAUGGAAGGAAACUCACGUUUUCCCAUUGCUUUAGUGUUGCUGCUUACUAAUCUUCUGUCCAGCUGCAACCUCUCGUCAAGGCAUUCAGGCCACUCUGCAGGGAAAGAGUCUGUUUUCUAUAAUUUUUUUUUUUAUGAGAAUAAGGGUGGGGGGGAAGGAAGAACUGGAUCAAGGGGCUGUAUCCCCCUUUAAGGGUGAGCUUCUUGGAGAAGCUGAAUGAUAAUUAUAAGGAGUAAGAGAAAGGCAUGA